AAAUAAUUGAUUAAAUAAAAAAGGAAAAAUAAAAUAAAAUAAAAAAUUGGUUAAUAGAGAGAAGGGCGGGUCAAAUUAAAUCCUCUCCCUCCAUUCUUAUUUUUCAUUCUCUUCCCCACACUUUCUCUGUCCAGCUGACUCUUCCUUCUCUAUAUCGGCAUCUCAUCCGAGGGGGCUGAUCCUACUUCCACCGCCGCCGCCGCCGCCGCCGCCGCCAGAUUAGAUCUCCGACGGUUCCAAGAUGAUCACGAUCCCUUAUCUCACCGCCUUGACAACAUAUUUCAGCUAUGGCCUCCUUUUCGCGUUCGGCCAGCUGCGCGACUUUUUCCGCAAGAUUAUAGACUGGUGGGCCCAGAGCACCCUACAGGGCUAUGCGCCGAUCUGUUUGGGGCUGGAGGAUUUCUACAUUCGGAGAUUGUAUCUAAGAAUUCAGGAUUGCUUUAAUAGACCGAUAGCAAGCCCACCUGAUUCUUGGUUCGAUUUGGUGGAGCGUGUCUCCAAUGACAAUAACAAAACAUUAAAACGGAUUACUAAGGUGAAAAGGUGUCUUAACUUGGGAUCGUAUAACUACCUAGGGUUUGCUUCAGCAGAUGAGUACUGCACGCCGCGUGUAAUUGAGUCCUUGAAGAAAUUUUCUCCAAGCACCUGUAGUUCUCGGAUUGAUGGGGGGACAACCAUAUUGCACGCUGAGUUGGAGGAGUGUGUAGCGAAUUUUAUAGGAAAGGAAGCUGCAGUAGUUUUUGGCAUGGGUUAUGUAACGAAUUCUGCCAUUCUUCCUGUAUUGACGGGGAAGGGAAGUUUGAUUAUCAGUGAUUCUCUCAACCAUAACUCCAUAGUUAAUGGUGCUCGAGGAUCUGGAGCCACUGUUCGAGUGUUUCAGCAUAACACACCGUCCCAUUUGGAGAAGGUUCUGAGGGAUCAAAUUGCUGACGGACAGCCCAGAACACACAGACCUUGGAAAAAGAUUUUGGUGGUUGUGGAGGGAAUCUACAGUAUGGAAGGAGAACUUUGCAACCUUCCUGAAAUAGUUUCCAUAUGCAAGAAAUACAAGGCGUACGUUUAUCUAGACGAGGCCCACAGCAUUGGGGCUAUUGGAAAAACUGGAAGAGGUGUAUGUGAGCUCUUAGGCGUUGAUACUGCAGAUGUGGAUAUUAUGAUGGGAACUUUCACUAAAUCAUUCGGGUCAUGUGGUGGCUAUAUUGCUGGAUCUAAGGAACUUAUUGAGUACCUCAAGUACACAUGUCCUGCUCAUCUGUAUGCCACAUCAAUAUCACCACCUGCAGCUCAGCAAAUUAUAUCUUCCAUUAAAGUCGUUCUCGGAGAAGAUGGUUCUUGCAGAGGGGCUCAAAAGCUUGCCAAAAUCCGUGAAAACAGUAACUUCUUCAGGUCCGAGUUGCAGAAGAUGGGUUUCGAAGUUCUAGGCGACAAUGAUUCGCCUGUCAUGCCCGUUAUGCUCUAUAAUCCAGCAAAAAUUCCUGCUUUUUCACGUGAAUGCCUCAAGAGAAAUGUUGCUGUGGUAACUGUUGCUUUUCCAGCUACCCCUUUGCUGUUGGCACGUGCUCGCAUUUGCAUCUCGGCUGCUCAUUCAAGGGAAGACCUUCUCAGAGCUUUAGAGGUUCUUAGCGAGGUCGGCGACCUGGUAGGCAUAAAGUACUUUCCUGCUGAGCCAAAGAAGCAGCAGCAGCUAGAGGCAGAUAGAGCGCGACAGCGAUCAAGCCUUGUGAAGGAGGAGGCGGAGACGACGACCUAUACAUCCAGCUACAACGGAGAUGGAGGCGAAGUCAGAGGCGGCGGAUUCUCCGCAGAUAGGCGUUCGAGAUUCAGAAUACUGAGUUCAUCAAACGGGAGCCCAAGGAUUGAUAGCUUCGGCGACGGAGAAGAGGGAUUUCGGCGCGGCGAUCGGAAAUUGCAGGUUGGGAUCAGACAUCAUAGCCAGAAAUUGGAUAAGGAAUUGCAGAGAGAAGGGAUUUUGGGGCAGGGGUCACUUUUGUAA